AAGGCCAGACGCUACUUCCCCGGAGGAACAAACAUCCUUGGUAAAAGACAUACUCAGCGUAGCAGUCAUGAUGGCAGUUUCUCGGCUCUCUCUCUCGACCUCCACAACCACAGCCGAAUGGCGGUUUGCCUCCUUGUAGCCCAACCCGGCAAGUUCCCCGGAUGGUUCCCUUUGCUUUAAUUUAGAGACAACCCUUCCCUCCAAUUAAUUUUGUUAUGAUUCCUCGAUGGCCAACCUAUCCCCAACUCGAUACUCUAUAGCCAGUUCCGUCUGGUCGGCGUGGAUACGGAGGGAAGAGGAGGGAGGGGGUGGUUGGAGGAGCAAUACGGAGAUGACCCUUGACCGCAGUAGGAGACCAUGCACCGAUAUCGCCCACGCAGACUUUUUGACGACUCAACCCGAGGUGUCGGCAAGGAAGGACCGACAAUCGAAACCAGUUCAACCCCGGACCACGCAAAAGAGGGACAGGAAAAGGGCAGAAACGGGUGUUAAUGUAGACGGGCAGCGAUAGCCGAUCCCGGGGAAUUAAACAAGUAAACUAGCAAUCAGAAGAGGGGAAGGCAACAGGGGACGAAGAUGGCGGAGGGGUG